GCGAGAUGACCGGCGCCCCUCAUUAUCACGUGAUCAGGCUUCUACUCUAUUUAUAGCUCUCAGGCUGAAUGCAGCCAAAACACAACGUCACAUCCGGCUUCUGCAUAACGAGGAAGACAGCGAGUAAUUAACAUUUGUUUUGGAUUCUCAUAUUUUAGUUCGAUAUUUGUCAACCUGAUUUAUGAUGUCUGAUGACAAAGAUGUUCCAAUGGAGGACAAAGACAUACCAAUGGAUGAUAUAUCAGAGGAAGAUGAGAAUAAACUGGUAGGUGUUGAUGAGCGAGCCAAAACAACAGAAAGCUUGGAUGAUGGUAUGAAAGAUAUUAAAUUGGAGAACUCAGAGGAGACAAAGGAUUCAGAAACUCAGAAAAAGACAGUUGAUGAAAAUACUGAAGUGCCAGAAGAUGAUGACGAGGCGUUCAGUGAUUCUGAGUUUGCAGCAGAUGAUGAUCGACCCAGUAUAUCAGAAGAAAUGAAGUGGUGGUGGCAUAUUGAAAUGUACCCUAUAGCCAUUGAUGAUUUGCAGCUUGACAAUUUCAUCAAAAUGUGCAACAUAGCUACGCACUUUCAGAUCUUCUACAAAACAAAUUUUCUGAAUGAAAAAAAAGGAGAGGUGCACUUGUACACAGAGGAAAUGCAGGCAGCCAAGAAUAUAGUAAGAACUAUGUGUUGCCGCAAGUUCAGCAACGUCAGACCUUAUGUCUAUAUCUAUAGACGAGUGGAUGAGACCUCAGAAAAUUAUGAGAUGGCCUCAUUGAGACUUGACUUAGUGGAUGCUGCAAAAAUGCGAUGGGACAGACAGAAAAAAUCACAGGGGGAGGCCAGCUCGCGCAUCGCCAAGGUCAGCAAUGUGCCUGUAGGCACAUCCAAGGAAUUGUUGAAUGUUGUCUUUGCUCGUGCUUUUCAAGUCAAACGAGAAACUGACAAGAGUGCGGGAGAGGAAAAACAAAAUGAGGAGAAGGCAGAGAAUACUGAUAAACCUGAGGGCAACCAUCAUGAUGAUGAUGAUGAUGAUGGUGGGAAAGAAAGAAAAGGCAAAAGUUCAGCAGAGGAAAAAGAAGAAAAUAUUGCUGAGGAGGAUGAGUUGGUUGGUGAGUUUAACGGGACUGUGACUGUUGACUGCAGCAGCCGGACCAGCCUGAAGGGAUUUCUGCUGGGUUAUCGCAAGGUCUUCAUUAACCAGAACCUUCUUGAAAUAAAACCACUGGACCCAAAGGAAGUGAAUGUGGAGGCCAUUCGAAAGGAUGCACGCAAGAAAAGGAAGGAAGAAGCUGCUAAGGGGAAAGAGUGGGUGCCUGCCUCCCCACCCCGUCGUUACAGCAAUAACGAGCAGAUGAGUUCUGUUGCUGCUGGCAGAGGCAGAGGCGGAAACUCAUAUGGAGGACGGGGACGAGGAGCAAAUCAACAUGGAGGAGGAAGAGGAGGGGGCUCAAAUGUGCAUCGUGGUGGAGGUCAGGGAGGUGGUUGGUCUCGUGGUGGCUUGGUGAUGACAGGUCGUCAGAAAAUGAAUGAAAAGUCCAUGCGGCGAGGUGGAGGAGGUGGAGGAGGUGGAGGGCCUGGUCGGGACAUCAGAGGCCUAAGUAGCUUCAGCCAUGAAAUCAUGAUGUUACAGUCACAGCUUCAGAUGAACACCAUAGAAUUGCAAAGACAGAUUGCAUCACUAAAUGCAGCUGAACAUUUCAGGGAUUUUCGUGCAGAUUACCCACGGGAUUUUCGAAGGGAUUAUCCCAUCGCAUGCUUAUGGCAUGCCGAGGCACGGGAGCUGGAUGGAUGAUAGCUGGGACUAUCCUGAGUCUAGCAGAGGACGACAUGGUGGAGGUAGGAAGCCUCGUGGAAACAGGCGCUGAGGCAGCUCUUACCUUGAUCAGGGUUGUUUUCUUCAGCAAAAUUAGAUGUUGAGGACUUGACAGUACCUAGCUGUAAUUUUAAGUUUCACUCUUUGUCAGUGUAUGGAACUGUUAGUUUCUGUACUGUUAGUUCCAACUUACCAUGGUUUGUUGUGCAUUUCUAGGUAAUAAAAAUAUUUGUUUUGUUUUGUUUUGUUUUUAAAAGUGGGAGCUAGAAUGAAGGCUUUAUGAAGCAUGCUUACAUUUAUGAUUGCCCUUAUAUGUAUAAUAUAUUUAUUGUCAGCAAGAACAUUGUUACAAUCAUAGUAGCACUGUUACAAUAAUAGUAGCAUUGUUACAAUCAAGACUAAGAAUAUGAUGAUAAUAGUAGCAGCACCACUGUUACAAUCAUGACUAAGAAUAUAAUGAUAAUACUAAGACUUAGAAUAUGGUGAUAUUAGUAGCAUCCGUGUGUAAAUCAGAAUGUAUCUCAGAAUGUGGAACUGUGUUUGAAACUGCAACAUAAGAAACAUGCAAAACUGAGAAUAUUAAACAGCUUAACUUUUAAAA